CGUCAGACAGCCGGCAGUGAUUGCCAGCAUUGUGCACGAAGGGAAGAGCUGCAGUGUCGCGGAAGGAGGUCCACCGGUCAAGAAACUCACAGAGUAGAAGAUUUGGAAAGCCCAGCAAGUGGUGACUCAAGAACGCCGACUGUUGCCGCGGUCGCAAGUGGGGGAUCAUCUCAUAAACACUGCAUCCGAAAACAAAACUGAUAGAUAUUAAUAUCUUCAUGUUAGACUUGGGAAAACAACAGUAACAAGACCAGAAGGUGUGCCAAUCGUUGUUAAUCAAGACUGUACAUGAGAAGAGAAACUGUAUACUCCAGUAUCGUCAGUGGGCAGUGAUUAAAACACUAUGAAGAGGUAACCGGAGACGCGUACAUGUGCGCACUGAAAAAUGAUGGCCAAGCAAUUAACCCUCCAGCAAACGAAGACGCCUAUCAUCAGACAAAGGCGCUUUGGAACUGACGCACACAACACCUGUUGAGAUAUGCAAGAUGUCGGGAUAAAUCGUUUACUGUACACUGCCUUCAUUUUUUUGCUGUGAUUAGAAUCAUGACUUAUUGAUGCCCAAAUCAUGUGUAAGGUUUCUGAUAGAAGACUAGUGUAAUGUUUCUUUUCCUGAGCAGAACGGAAAUCAUGGGCACGUAAAACCGUUGUAGAUGUAGCAGAUAUAGGUGUGAAGUCUAGAUAGUCAUGUUUGCAUUCAUCUUUUGUUUCCACUGAGGUUUCUCAUACACCAAAGACUGGAUCAAGGUUAAAAAGCUCACAGUUGUUUACUGCCUAGUCUGUCGAUAGUGUACGCUACGGACGGACUAACGCCCAGGGUACACUGAAGAGAAAGGUAGCCGCUGCGUACGGGAAGGGAAAUAGGGGAGUCGGCAUCUGUACCAUUUCUCCGGGAUUCCGGCGGCGUCCCGCCAAUUAGUGACAUAUCAGUCAACAACGAGUCGACUGCAGCUCCGGGGAUUAUAGGUUAAACAUUAUGUACAUACAGGGCACAGAAGCAGUACAUCACUGAAGAAAGGACGCUCCGGUGGCUAUCGUGCGCAGUGAGCUAAGGGUUUGUACCUACGUGUAAACCUGAUAAGUACAUCUAUUUACGAAGUGCUGCAUAAAGAGACAAGGUUACGCCAUGGAAGCUAUGAACCACACAGUCUUGGUGUCUGAAGUAAAUGACUUUCUGCCCUUCCCAAAUGUGACAAACAGAACCGCAACAUACGACAGUUCUGUCGAUGACGGGGCAAGUAGCACUUGGUUAAUCUUUCAGCUCGUGGCGAUGACAAUAGUAGAAAUCGUGGCUCUCUUCAGUAAUGUCAGUGUGCUCAUUGUCGUUAUGAAGACGCCUCCUCUACACACAUUGACGCUCCUCUUCGUCCUCAACCUUUGCACGACAGACCUACUACACUCGCUCUUUGUCACCCCGUUUUUCCUGGCGUCGUCGGGGCAAGGGGCCUGGACGUACGGAACGGUGGCAUGUGACGUGACCGGAUUCCUAGACUCGCUCUUCACGUAUUCUUCGAUCACUACGAUUUGUGUGAUCAGUGUGGAGCGCUACUACUCCAUCGUACGUCCAAUGGUGCACGCUGCCCACAUGACCUUGGUCACAGCCCUAUCGGUCAUCGCAUUCAUAUGGGUCCAGGCUAUCUGCCUCGCGGUGGCGCCGUUGGUAGGAUGGAAUCAUUACGUGUUCGACCUACGACAGACCCAGUGUACGUACGACUGGAUAGCACAGGGGUCUGGGAAGUCUUACGUUAUCGCGAUAUCGUGUUGGUACUUCUACAUUCCAGCCUGCGUCGUCCUGGCCAUGUAUUCGUGCAUCUAUAGCGCUGCUAUGAAAGCUUCGAGGCAGGUACUGCCUCAGCCAAGUCCACUGAUGCCAGAAGGACAACCGGCAUCAAGCCCAGUCCUCAAUGGCAACACAAAGGUCCCAAUGGAUCUUGCGAACGGACAAAAAAUCUUUGUUAUCACCACAGCAGACGGUGAGGCGGGGCCAUCAACAAGUGAUGGUGGCGGUCGACGCAAAAGCUCCACGAACAAACAGGACCAAACCCAGAAGACCCACUCACAGAUGAGCGAAUCACUGAAAGCCACAAAAACCCUCAUGCUCGUGGUCGGGGUGUUUCUUCUGACGUGGGGACCAUACUUCACAGUCAGCACCAUCGUGGCAAUCCUUGGGAUGUCUCCUCGGCUCAAACAAGCAAUAGGCCCCCUGAAGUGUCUCGCUCACACUUCGUUCGCGAUCAACGCGUUUGUAUACGGGUGGCUGAACAGGCAGGUCCGCCUAGAACUCAUGCGAACACUGCGCCACUACUACCGCUUCAUCUGCCAUCAGGAAGCAGAAGGCUCUGACAUUGAGCUCCGAGCUAUGGAAGAGGACAGCAAAGGGCUACAGCCGGUCGAAAACUUCUACCAGUUCCUGGAGAGGACAGCCACCCCCGACUGUCGUGCCGCCAGCAGAAACCCUAAGGAGGUGAAGUCCGAACGGGAAAACAAAACUCUGUAGACAUUGAACAACAGCGGUCUGUUCAGCACCACGGAAAGGAUCUCGUGCAAAUUGUCCAUCACGGGUUUAAUACAUUCCAGAGUAUUUUUCAUUGGUUUAAGGCCAAAGCCUUUCUCAGACGACGAAAUUUCUCUCUUUGUCCAAAGUUGGGCUAUCUACAAUGGUGAAACGCCUUCUAUAAUGUUUCUUUUCUCUUUUGCCGUCUAUGUGUUGUGCCUUGUUCUGUACUGGUCAAAAUUGUCAAAAGGUAAAUUGAAUGAUCGUAAUAUUUUGUUCAAAUUGUGCCAAUAUAAUAUCAACUAUCUACUUAAUGUAAUACAUGUUUGCUUUUUGCUAACCAAACGGUCGGAUCCUCUGUAUUCUGGUUUACGCCGUGUUGUUACUGUAGAGCUUUUGUGGACCUACUUAUUAUUCAUGACCCUGCGUAAGCCUGUUAUAUUAGCGCCAAGUCGUGAGUUGCAAUUUUCGCUGAUUAUCUACCUAGUCGAUCUAAGUGUUUCCUAUUGAAAUAUAGAAAGAAAAGAGACCGUCAGAACAUGUUCAGUGUUAGUUUCUAAGGGUAUGUAUAUUAUUAAUUAAUUUCGUAGCACGCAUACCGUGCUGUUGCUUCAGAUGGAUCUGUAAGACUGUCGUGUUUUACGUGAACAUUGCGGAGGUCUGUCGCUCGUAUGGUGAAU